AUGGCGAAGAACAGAACAGAAGUUCCGAACCGUCGACGCUCGCUCUCCGAUCCCCUGGCAGCGGCUUUGUUGCCUCCAGCGAACGAGACGCCCGCCGAGAAGGAGCUCAGACUAAAGAGGGAGACAGAGGCCAAGCAGGUCAGUGACCACAUCGACGAGAUGAUCAGGCAGGAGCGAAUACAUCGCAAGAAGACGCGGGCGGAGGUGAAUGUGCUACUCUUGGGACAGUCUGAGUCGGGGAAAAGCACGACGCUUAAGCAAUUCCAAUUACUACACACUCCAGCCGCAUUUCAUGCCGAACGAAUUGCCUGGCGCGCGGUCAUCUACCUCAAUCUUGUGCGCUCAGUCAAAAGGAUACUAGAUGCGUUAUCGCCUGAAAGUGACAUCGUUGUCGACGACCACGACGAUGUUGACUCCCUUGAGACGGCUUCUGUUAUCAUCUCAUCGAACGGGCGUCCGCCGUCGGCAAUAUCAGGCACGAAAGUACCCAAUUACGAGAUAUAUCGGAGUCGGCUGGAACCUUUGACCGAGUUGGAAGAACGACUGAUCCGCCUUCUUUCUUGUCCAGAUGAGGAUGAGGCAACGCACCUCGCCUGGCAGACCUUUCCAAAUGGCUCCCCCUCGCCCAGUUAUCCUGCAACUAGCAAUAGCCGGCCCGCACCUACGAUUGCUAUACCGCAGAUCAAACCGUCUGUGUCGUCCCCGGUGUCGCCGGUGGGUGACAUCAGUCCUGGUGGCUCUAGUGGGUCACAGCCAUCCAAGGCCAAGGAGGUUUCCGUACAUACGUCUACCAACUGGAAGAAGGCUUUCGCCUUAGGUGGUAAGUCCAAGAGCCCGAAAAGUGCGCAUUCUGGGGAGAUUGAGGGGUGGUGGGAAGAUCCCGAAGACCCUGUUCAUGCCCUGAACGCUUGUGCGCCGGCGAUGCAAGAGCUUUGGAAAGAUCCUAAGGUACGGCAGAGGCUACAAGAAAAGCGACUACGAUUGGAGGAGAGUAGUGGAUUCUACCUCGAUGAAAUUCCCAGAAUAACUGCGAAGAAAUAUAUACCUACUGACGCCGAUGUGCUCAAGGCCCGAUUAAAGACGAUGGGCGUUGUGGAACACACAUUCCUCAUCCAAUCCGGGAGUAACCGCGGUGUUGAAUGGCGGAUAUAUGACGUUGGUGGAGCCAGAAACCAACGACAAGCGUGGGCACCUUAUUUUGAGGACGUGAACGCCAUAAUAUUUCUCGCGCCAAUCUCGGCCUUCGACCAAGUUUUGACAGAGGAUCCACGAGUUAACAGACUUGAAGAUUCGCUAUUAUUGUGGCAGGCCGUGACCUCCAAUAAGCUGUUGGCCAAAGUCAACAUAGUACUAUUUUUGAACAAAUGUGAUCUUCUGCUGGGCAAACUUGAAGCCGGCGUAAGAUUAAACCAUCAUAUGACAUCCUACGGCGACAGACCUAAUGACUACGAUUCCGUGUCGAAAUGCAGGUCUCCGUUCUUCGUACGGAAUUCACUGUGGUCUAACGACUUCUUCAUAGAUUUCCGUAACAAAUUUGGUGCCAUCCAUCAUUCGGCCACUCCAAAUAAGGAACGGGAGCUGUAUAUACAUUUUACUGCCGUCACAGACACACGUCGUACGGCUACUAUAAUAUCGACCGUGCGGGACAUCAUUAUCAAGGGCAAUCUCAGGAACCUCAAACUUGUAUGAGAUUCCUUGUUCUUCGCAAACCGCGGAUAUUUCCCCCCUACUAGUCGUGGAACGAAUCGUCGCAAUUCAUUUCACCUUUCACAAACUCGUUAACUUCCCUUGCAUAAAUCACACACCAAGGCUCGAUGUCUGUCUGUAGUAUCCUACUUCUCUGUCGCAUUUGUCGCUUUUAUUCGCAUGUCCGGAAUUCUGAGUUUAUGCUUUAUGUCCAUGCAUACAUAUAAUAUGUUACAACGACUGCACAUUUAUAUCCAUUUUGUAAUUACUUCGAGAUACCUUGCAUUGUUUACCAUAAUCACAAGUCAGGACAAAUGAAAAAGUAAAAAUACCAGGUCUAUUAGGGAGGUCCUAGACUGCGUCCAUAGAAUAAUUAAUCAAUCACCUUUCCGGCGCG